CUUUGGAGUAAAGGACGGACUGAAGCCUCUUAUUUUGAACAGCUGACUGGCUGCUGUUCCGAACUUCAGCGCAGAGGAAUCUCUUAGAGAAUACCAGACCUGUCAGAAUGAACUUGUCGUACUUGGUAGCUUGUGGACUUAUGGUCACGCUGCUUUCAGUAAGGAUGGGCGCAAAACCUUUAUCUCAGGCGCAGCAGAAGUCUCUUAGAAGUUUGCUGGGCGAGGAGCUGGCGGACUUUAUGGAGUCGGAGGAGAGGGAGAGGCGGCUAGAUGCUGUGCGCUCUCGGAUAUUGCGAGAUUUACGCACGGACACCCGGGCCAGAGGGAUGUGGGCUCGCCUGCUCAACGACCAACCCGCACCGAGGAGACACAAGUCGGGGAACAAGAAAGGGGGCUCCACGUCGCGGAGUGGCUGCUUCGGACACAAGAUGGACAGGAUAGGGACCAUCAGCGGCAUGGGCUGCUAGGAGAGUGAUGAUCUCUGGACGACAGUUUUGGUUCAGUUUGUUCUCAACUGACGAACAAAACCAAGACAAACUCACCAAGUGACAGAUUUUCGGUACGAAAGUCAACACGACCAGCAUAAAAACAAAGACUGAGAUGACAAUGCUACAAAACCAUCAUAUAAAUAUAUACAUAAUAAGUAUUCAGUAUAUAUACAUCUAUACAUGUAUGUAUACCAUACAGAGUGGUCAACAGAUAAAAUUGCAGACGCAUACGACAAGAUGGCGGGCAAAGGUGUAAAAACUACAAACUGCAAAGCUGUACAUUUGUAUGCUGCUGCCGCUGUACAUUCAUGUACUUCAU